AUGCCCGAGAAUCCCCCGGAAUGGGGCAAGUUCAGCGCCCUGCCUCCCCUGCCCCGCGCCCCGGGAACCUCUGGGCCCCAGGCCUGGGCGCUGGGACUCCUUACAGCUCCCCUGGCGAAUCCAGGGGCAGCCCGGGGUAAGGACAGGCACCUCGAGGGGCGACGGGUGGCGGCCCUGGCGCUGCGGGCAAGGGGCCCGCCUCCCCCGAGGCCAGUGGCCCGAGUCAGGGGCUCGCGCUCCCUCGGAGACCUGGCCGUCUGUCCUUCCCUGUGGCCUUCCGACAGCCCCACCGCCCUUUGCCGCCUGCAUUUCUCUCGUCCCCGCGAGGGAGUAGAUGGUUUACCGGUCCCAGGUGACCAGGCAGUUUCACAAAUGAGCCAUUUAGCAACUUUAAAAAGACACAGCUCCAACUCACUGGAAGUGGAAUUUCUCCUAUCACACAAAAGAAGACGAGCAUCUUAUCCACGGGGAGAUUACAGGGGUUUGCAAGAACUUAUUGAAAACACAAAUAGGCAGGGAGCCGCGGGCCCCUCUGUACCAGAGGACCAGCAUGAAACCCAGCCCCUGACCAACUCUGUGGGAGCUCCUCUUCAGUCGGCAGCAUCCCCUGAGCUACAGCAGCCGGACCUCAGGCAGAAGCCACCAAUUCCCAAGGUUGUCCCCACGUUUUCAUUACAGUCCAAUCGCACACCAGGCGGCCCAGCUCCUGGUCUUGCCGCCCUUUCCUACUUUGUCAGCGAAGGUGCGGAAGGUGCCAGCUGUGUUACCCUGUCUGCCCAGUGUCCUCCAGCAGUACCUCCAGCCCUUCUGCCACAAGGAAAGCCCAGUCUGGCCCAGUUUCCUGAGGCGGCAAACUGCUCAACUUUACCGGGAAAUAGCAGCAUGGACCCACAUGCUGCCUCAUCAGCUUUCUGCAUCCCUCCCAGUUUUGAAAUGCCAGGAAAAGCCGAAGCCAGCCUUGGAGACAGCGCUAAGUCAGUGUAUUACCCAACUUUGUUGAGACAUGACAGUGGCCAAGAUACUGCCUCUUCAUCUGUUUUCAUCCUUCCCAAUUUUGCACUUGACAAAGUUAUGCUUGUCGAAAUGCCAGAAAAAGCAGAAACCAGCCUGGAAAACAGCUGUCAGACGGUGUAUUACCAAACUUCAUUGGGAAAUGACACUGGCCCAGAUCCUGCCUCUUCAUCUCAAUCCGUCCCACCCAGUUUCGAAAUGAUGGGCAAAGAAGAAACCAGCCUGGAAAAUAACACUAAGAUGACAAAUUGCCCACCUGUAUUGGAAAAUGACAGUGGUCAAGAUACUUCAGCAUAUUUCUUCAUCCCUUCCAGUUUUGGUUUCAAUGUGAGCAUCAGUUUUCAUUUCUCUGAGAUAAAGCCCAAGAGCACAGUUGCUGGGUCCUGCAAUAACGCACUUGAAAGAUGUUUUACUGAUCAAAAUGUUGUGCAAACAGAAUCCAGGACAGAAAUGAGUUCUGAGACAAUGGAUUCCUCAACUUCAAUGAAAAACAACAGGGACCGUGACACUGAUUCAGAGUCUUUCUUCCUCACUCCUGCACUUUUAACUAUAGAAAUAUUGGUAAAAGCAGAAAAUGUCAUGGAAAACAGAUCUUACUCAACUAUAUUGGAAAAUGACAAUAGCCAAGAUUCUAGCUCAUCAUCUUUCUGCAUCCGGUCCAAUUUUGGGUAUCUCGGUGAUCCAAAAAGGAAUGUCAGGGUGUUUGAUGCUCAUUUGCUGACUGCACAAAGGAAGGCUAAUCCUAGGCAUGCAGUCCGCUACCUGAUUCAUAUUUUGUUCUCCAAGGAAAUUCUGACGGACGGCUGGGUAGGUGUCAAUUCCCAAGGCCUCCGACCUCUAGAUGCAAACAAAAUGGCUGCAUUAAGAGAACAUCUGCAAUCAGUUUUUCCCGACUAUGAUUUGCGUGAAUAUGGAAAUUACUGGCAAACCUGUAUUGCCGAUAUCAAUUCUCUGAUCAGCUGUUUGCGUUCUGAAGCCAACACAAUACGACAGAAAGCUGGUGACAACAGUAAAGGCCCUACCAAUCCUGAUACACCAGUGGCUGCAGAUUUGAACGGUACGAGGUAUGGUAAAGGCAGUGAAAGCAGUUCCCAGUUAUCUCAGCAAGCAGCUGCCUCAGAAACAAGAGGAAAUGGGAAUUCUCAGCAGAACAGCAGCGCUUGCCCCAAAGGAAUUAAAGAACAUUCCACUGAUAAUUCAUUGGUAUCUUACGAAGCAUUGGAAUAUCUUGGAAAUCCAGAUAGAAAUAUCCAGUUGCCGCAUUCAGUGCUAAGUAUGGCAAAAGUGAAGUCUCGCCCAGAGCUGUCAGCCAUAUACUUAAUUCACAACCUGUUCACAGAGGAAGUCCUGAUAAGAAGUAACAUCUAUGGCAGUUUGGGGCAUGGCUUGUAUGCCCUUAAUCCGAAUAGGAUUAACGCUCUUCGAGAAUUUCUUGGAGACGCCUACCCAACCUGCGAUCUAUCAGAAAGUGGAUAUGACUGGAAGUUGUGUGUGACAGCUAUCAAUAGUUGUAUCCGUAGUCUUAGAUGUGACUUCAAGAAGUCCACAUCCAAAGCAUAGCCGCUUCCAGCAACAAACCCUUUAACAGAGUCAGAGCCAAGAGAUAUUGACUGA